AUGUCUUCCUACACAAACCAACCUGCCGUCGCCGCCCACGAACAAAAGGUCCACGGGAACGAAAAGGCCGCCGACGCAACUCACGCCGCAAAGGAAGCCGCAAAGGCCUACUACGACGCCGCGACCCUCAAGACUGCCGACACCCAGCAAUCCGCCCAGAUCUACGCCGACACCGCAAAGGACUCUGCGAAAGACUCCUACGCGUCUGCAAAGGACUCUACGGUGAACACAUCGGCGAACGUCGCGGACCAGGCCCGUGCGGCCUACAACUCUGCAUCAGUUCAGGCCCAACAGUCUUACCACAACGCCGCGGAUGCUACCCGUAGCACGAUCGACUCGGCUGCCAACACCGCUUCCAACGUUGCGACCAAUGCUCAGGUGAAGGCUGCGGACGCUUACAACUCGGCGGCUGACACGACGUCGCGCAACAUCGACGCCGCCAAGGUCAAGGCUGCUGACACUUACAACUCUGCUGCCAACACCACUUCAAACGCUGCUACCUCCGCCCAAAUCAAGGCUGCUGACACGUACAACUCGGCCGCCAACACCGCAUCCAACGCUUCCACCACCGCCCAGGUCAAGGCAGCCGAGACACCCGCAGUCGCCAAGAGCUACGUCGCGACCGCCCAACAAACCGCCCAGCCUUACGUCAACGCCGCUCUCGAGAAGGCCGAGCAGGCCAAGACCUCCGUCGUUUUCACCGCGGCCCAGGCCGCCGACACCGUGAAGGCUUCUGCUCUCGCAACGGGAGCCAAGGCAACCGAGAUCUUCAACACAGCCCAACAAAAGACCACCGAGACCCUCGUCGCCGCCCGUGACCUGGCCUCUCACCACGCCACCAUCGCCACCGAGAAGGCAGUCGCCGCAAAGGACACCGUGGUCGGAACCGCCGUAGGAGCCAAGGACUACACCGUCUCGACCGCAACCUCUGCGACCAACCAGGCCACCGCCGCAGCUAUCAACGCGAAAGACCGCGCGAUCGGUGCCGGUGUCGCGGCAAAGGACUACGCAGUUGGGACAGCUGUCGGCGCCAAGGAGUCCUUGACCCCUGCGACCACCACCACCACCACCACCACCACCGGCCCCACCGCCACCCAAAAAGCCUACGCGGUCGCCAACCAAAUCGCCGGCACCGUCUACACCACCGCCGAAAAGGCCCUCCACACCGUCGAAGGCUACGUCCCCGAAUCCGUCAAAUCCACCGCCAACCGCGCCCUGCACACCGUCGAAGGCUACGCAGCCCCCGUCGUCGAGAAGGCCCGCGGGAUCCUGCCCGGCGCAGCACCCGCGGCUGUCGGGAAGCCCACGGAUGAGGUCGUUGGCGCUGUGAUCGUUGACGAUGUCGUGGAGACCCGGACCGGUGUGCAGGAGAACAUUGCGGUGGUUCCGGUCGUGGAACACCACAAGACGGCGCCGGUUGUUCAGCCUUUGUAG